AUGGCUUUUCAUGAUGAUUUAUCUCGCACUCAGAAGAUCCUACUCGCCAUCUUCUGCUUCCCAAUUCUUCCAUUCUACCUCUGUUACAUAUGCUUUACAAAGAGUGAAGAAGAUGAAGGGACAUCAAAUAGUGCUGGCCAGGAAGUGGAAACACAGAACGAUGCACAGCCACCAGUUGUUACCUUUCAGCCAAAUCAAGAUCAUGUCAGUAUUGACAUACUUCCUAAGUAUCCCACACCACAUACGCGAAAGAAGUCAUCCAUCAGAAAAGGAAAGCAGGUAUUUCCUGAUCAGAUAGGACAGGUUAAUAAAGUUUAUCCAUGGGAUAAAUCCAACCUGAAAUCAAUGCCAAUAGAUGUGGAACGGUUUAAGAGUCUGGAUGCCUAUGCAUCAAAGGUGAAUGUCAGGAGCAGUGUGGAAAACCUGGUGAAUGCCUUACUCCAAAAAGCCCAGAGUGAUCUGGAGAAAGUCAGAGCGAUUUGGAUAUGGGUGUGCCAUCAUAUAGCAUAUGAUGUGGAAGGGUUCCAUAAUGAAGCCAAGAGGUCUUGUGCGCCAGCAGAUGUCCUUCGUUCAGGAAAGAGUGUUUGUGCUGGAUACGCAGCGCUCUUUGAACAAAUGUGCAGCAUUGCAGGGAUACAGUGCAAACAAUUGUCAGGCUUCUCCAAAGGGUACAGCUACAGACCAGGAAAGGUAUUUAAUGGGGAAAGCGAUCAUGCCUGGAAUUCUGUUUAUCUUGAUGGAAGGUGGCAUCUUCUGGACAGCACAUGGGGAAGUGGUUCUGUAGAUGACUCUUGUACCAAGUUCACUUUCAGAUACAAUGAAUUUUACUUCCUCACUCAUCCUGCUCUAUUUAUUAAUGACCACUUCCCAGAAGAUCAGAAGUGGCAACUUCUGAAGCAGCCCUUAACGGUGCAGCAGUUUGAAAAUAAUGCCCGCUACAGGCCUAAAUUUUAUACCACAGGGCUGGUUGAAUCCUCUGAGAAGACAACAGUCAUAGAAACAGAAAAUGGCAAAGCUACCAUUUUUAUUGAGAGCCGUGCUCCAGUUCUCUUCCUGGUUUCACUGAAUGGGGCAAAGGAGCACUGUUUGAUGGCGUUGCAAAAGAAUGGGGUUCUGCUGGAAGUCUAUCCCCCACAGACAGGGACUCACCGUUUGGAGAUCUUUGCCAAAGCCGUCAAAGACCCAGAAAAAGAGUACAGCAGUGUGUUGGAAUACUCCUUGAAAUGUCGCUCUGUAGACAAAAGCAUAUUUUUGCCCAAAGCACUCAUCCAGCCAGUGGGGCCCAGCUGGCAUUCAGAGGAGAACGGGAUCCUAGAGGCCUUGCCCGAUUGCCCUAUAAUCCUCAGUGAGGAUGGCCGUUGUGUUGUCACUUUCACCCGAAAGAAAAAUCUGGAUGUCUUUGCUACUCUGGAUUCUGAUUCCAGCAAGGUGCCAGAAGAUAUAAGGAGGCGUCAUAUUUGGAAAACCUGCCAAGGAAGCCAGGUGGAGUUAAAGGUUCAUCUCCCUCAUUCUGGGGACUUUGCUCUGCAUAUCUGGGCUAAGAAGGCGUCUGAUCCAGGAGGCCACCAGUGUGCCCUCAGCUACCUCCUCUCCUGUCCAAACAAGAGCGUAAUGUGGCCAGUUUUUCCAUUGACGUAUCGGAACUGGGAGGAAAACUAUGAGCUAGUGUCACCUCUGGCUGGUAUAUUGCCAGCCAACCGCCAGGUUCAGUUUAAGCUCAAGAUGCCUGGUGUAGAUGAGGCAUCUGUUCAAUGCGGGAAGACUUACCCACUGACUCACCAUGAAAAUGAUUUUUGGGAGGGAGACUGCCACACUUCAGGUAGCUCCAAGGUUAGAGUGAUGGUAUCCCAAAAUGCCAAUGAUAACACCUUCUGGUCUGUGUUGGAGUACAAUGUAGAAAGUCACUAG